AUGAUAAUAAAAGAAAAAAACAAAAAACCGACGCCUAUUCAAGCAAGUUGUUGGCCGAUUUGUUUAAGUGGAAGGGAUGUUAUUGGUUCUCCCAAUUUAUCAGCAAAUAGUAAUGUCACGCAAAUUGUUGAAAUAAUUGAUAAUGCCACGGAUAAGGAACGUCGUUUGUUAAAUCUUCUAGAACAAUAUUACAUUAAUAAGAAUAGAAUUUUGGUAUUUCUUUCUUACAAGAAAGAAGCUUCACGUGUCGAAAAUAUGUUGGCACCUACGGAUGUCGCUACUAGAGUAUAG